UUCAGGCCUCGCCCUGCCGCGUGGGCCCCGCUAUGAUCCGGAAGCGCUCCGGAAGCGGUUCCGGAGUCAGCUCCGGCAGGAUGGCGGCCGACACGCAGGUUUCCGAGACACUAAAGCGUUUUGCGGGGAAGGUAACAACAGCCAGUGUGAAGGAACGGAGAGAAAUCCUGGGUGAACUAGGAAAGUGUGUUGCUGGAAAAGAUCUGCCAGAGGGAGCAGUGAAAGGGCUCUGCAAGUUGUUCUGCUUGACUCUGCAUCGAUACAGAGAUGCAGCCUCCCGCAGGGCCCUGCAGGCAGCCAUCCAGCAGUUGGCUGAGGCCCAGCCAGAGGCCACUGCCAAGAACCUCCUGCACUCUCUGCAGUCUUCAGGCAUUGGCUCCAAAGCAGGUGUUCCCAGUAAGAGCAGCGGCUCAGCCGCCUUGCUGGCUCUGACCUGGACCUGCCUUCUAGUGCGCAUUGUCUUUCCCUCAAAAGCAAAGCGGCAAGGAGACAUCUGGAAUAAACUGGUGGAGGUACAGUGCCUUCUCCUGCUGGAGGUGCUGGGUGGCUCCCACAAGCAUGCCGUGAAUGGUGCUGUGAAGAAGCUCACUAAGCUGUGGAAAGAGAACCCCGGGCUGGUGGAACAGUACUUGUCAGCCAUUCUUAGCCUAGAACCCAACCAGAACUAUGCUGGCAUGCUGGGUCUGCUGGUACAGUUCUGCACAAGCCACAAGGAAAUGGAUGUGGUCAAUCGGCACAAGAGUGCCCUGCUGGAUUUCUACGUGAAGAACAUUCUGAUGAGCAAAGUAAAGCCUCCGAAGUACCUGUUGGAUAACUGUGCCCCUCUGCUCCGGUACAUGUCCCACUCAGAGUUUAAGGAUCUGAUUCUGCCCACCAUCCAGAAGUCCUUACUCAGGAGUCCAGAAAAUGUUAUUGAAACCAUCUCCAGUCUGCUGGCAUCAGUGACGCUUGACCUUAGCCAGUAUGCCCUGGAUAUUGUGAAAGGCCUGGCUAAUCAGCUGAAAUCCAACAGUCCCCGCUUGAUGGACGAAGCUGUGUUGGCACUGCGCAAUCUGGCCCGCCAGUGCAGCGAUUCCUCAGCCAUGGAGGCCCUGACCAGGCACCUGUUUGCGAUCCUUGGAGGCUCGGAGGGAAAGCUAACUGUUGUAGCCCAGAAGAUCAGCGUCCUCUCAGGGAUUGGAAGCGUCAGUCAUCAUGUGGUGUCUGGGCCUUUCGGUCAAGUCCUGAAUGGGACCGUGGCUGAGCUGUUCAUCCCAUUCCUCCAGCAGGAAGUUCAUGAAGGUACUUUGGUUCAUGCUGUAUCUGUCCUGGCUCUCUGGUGUAACCGGUUCACUACGGAAGUACCCAAGAAGCUCACCGACUGGUUCAAGAAAGCUUUCAGCCUUAAAACUUCCACCUCUGCAGUGCGGCAUGCCUACCUGCAUUGUAUGUUGGCCUCCUUCCGAGGUGACACGCUGUUGCAGGCCCUGGACUUGCUGCCCUUGCUCAUCCAGACAGUGGAGAAGGCAGCCUCCCAGAGCACUCAGGUUCUGACAGUCACUGAAGGUGCUGCUGCAGCCUUAUUACUCUCAAAGCUUUCGGUGGCUGACUCACAGGCUGAGGCCAAACUGAACAGUUUUUGGCAGCUGGUUGUGGAUGAGAAGAAGCAGAUUUUCACUUCUGAGAAAUUCCUGCUCAUGGCUUCCGAGGAUGCCCUGUGUACUGUGUUGCAUUUGACAGAGAGACUUUUCCUUGAUCACCCACAUAGACUCACCGGCAACAAAGUUCAGCAGUACCACCGUGCCCUGGUGGCGGUACUCCUGAGCCGCACCUGGCAUGUCCGCAGGCAGGCUCAGCAGACAGUUCGGAAGCUGCUGUCCUCUCUUGGGGGCUUUAAGCUGGCCUAUGGACUCCUGGAGGAGCUGAAGGCUGUCCUUAGUUCUCAUAAGGUGCUGCCCUCAGAGGCUCUGGUGACUGAUGCUGGGGAGGUGACUGAGAUGGGAAAGGCCUAUGUGCCUCCACGGGUCCUGCAGGAGGCUCUGUGUGUCAUUUCUGGUGUGCCAGGGCUUGAGGGUGACAUCACUAACACUGAACAGCUGGCCCGGGAGAUGCUGAUCAUCUCCCACCACCCAUCCUUAGUGGCAGUACAGUCUGGACUCUGGCCAGCACUUCUCGCCAAGAUGAAGAUUGACCCUGAAGCCUUCAUCACCAGGCACCUAGAUCAGAUCAUUCCCAGGAUCACCACACAGAGUCCCCUAAACCAGUCUUCCAUGAAUGCCAUGGGUUCCCUUUCCAUCCUGUCCCCGGACCGGGUCCUCCCGCAGCUCAUCAGCACCAUCACAGCCUCUGUGCAGAACCCUGCACUACGCCUGGUGACAAGGGAAGAGUUUGCCAUCAUGCAGACCCCUGCUGGGGAGCUGUACGAUAAAUCCAUCAUCCAGAGUGCCCAGCAGGACAGCAUAAAAAAAGCCAACAUGAAGCGAGAGAACAAAGCUUACUCCUUCAAGGAGCAGAUCAUUGAGCUGGAGCUGAAGGAGGAGAUAAAGAAGAAGAAAGGUAUAAAAGAGGAGGUGCAGCUGACUAGCAAACAGAAGGAGAUGCUGCAGGCCCAGCUGGACAAGGAGGCACAGAUCCGGAGGCGGCUGCAGGAGCUGGAUGGGGAGCUGGAGGCAGCGCUAGGACUGCUGGACACCAUCCUGGCCAAGAACCCGUCUGGUCUGACCCAGUAUAUUCCUGUGUUGGUUGACUCUUUCCUGCCCUUGCUGAAAUCUCCCCUGGCUGCUCCCAGGAUCAAGAACCCCUUCCUGUCCUUGGCUGCCUGUGUCAUGCCCCCUAGGCUCAAGGCUUUGGGCACUUUGGUGAGCCACGUGACUCUGCGCAUGCUGAAGCCAGAAUGUGCUCUGGAUAAGUCCUGGUGCCAGGAAGAGCUAUCAGUGGCUGUGAAGAGGGCGGUGACACUGCUGCAUGUCUACACUAUCACCAGCAGGGUGGGCAAGGGUGAGCCAGAUGCUGCACCCUUAUCUGCACCAGCCUUCUCCUUGGUCUUCCCGUUGCUGAAAAUGGUGCUGACCGAGAUGCCCCGCCACAGUGAAGAGGAGGAGGAGCGGAUGGCUCAGAUUCUUCAGAUCCUUACUGUCCAUGCCCAGCUGAGGGCCUCACCUAGCACCCCACCUGGACGUGUGGACGAGAAUGGCCCAGAGUUGUUGCCUCGUGUGGCCAUGCUGCGUCUUCUGACUUGGGUGAUUGGGACGGGCUCACCCCAUCUACAGGUGCUGGCCUCAGACACCCUGACCACCCUGUGUGCCAGCAGCAGUGGCGAAGAUGGCUGUGCCUUCGCAGAGCAGGAGGAGGUGGAUGUGCUACUUUGUGCCUUGCAGUCCCCAUGUGCCAGCGUGCGGGAGACUGCACUCCGGGGGCUGAUGGAACUCCAUAUGGUAUUGCCAGCACCUGAUACUGAUGAGAAGAAUGGUUUGAACCUGUUGCGGAGGCUCUGGGUUGUCAAGUUUGACAAAGAGGAGGAGAUCCGCAAGUUGGCUGAGAGGCUCUGGUCGACCAUGGGCCUUGAUCUGCAGCCAGACCUCUGUUCCUUGCUGAUCGACGAUGUGAUCUAUCAUGAGGCAGCCGUGAGGCAGGCUGGGGCUGAAGCCCUCUCCCAGGCAGUGGCGCGGUACCAGCGGCAGGCGGCUGAGGUCAUGGGCAGGCUCAUGGAGAUUUACCAGGAGAAACUCUACCGGCCACCCCCGGUGCUGGAUGCAUUGGGACGAGUUAUUUCAGAAUCUCCUCCAGAUCAGUGGGAAGCCAGGUGUGGCCUGGCCUUGGCCCUGAACAAGCUUUCCCAGUAUUUGGACAGCUCUCAGGUGAAGCCACUCUUUCAGUUUUUUGUCCCUGAUGCCCUCAAUGACCGAAAUCCAGACGUCCGAAAGUGCAUGUUAGAUGCUGCCCUUGCAACACUCAACGCCCAUGGGAAGGAGAACGUCAACUCGCUGCUACCAGUGUUUGAAGAGUUCCUGAAGGAUGCUCCCAAUGAUGCCAGCUACGAUGCUGUGCGGCAGAGUGUGGUGGUCUUGAUGGGCUCGUUGGCCAAGCACCUGGACAAGAGUGACCCCAAAGUGAAGCCCAUUGUUGCCAAGCUCAUUGCUGCCCUCUCCACCCCCUCCCAGCAGGUUCAGGAAUCCGUGGCCAGCUGCUUGCCGCCUCUGGUGCCGGCCAUCAAGGAGGACGCUGGAGGGAUGAUCCAGCGGCUCAUGCAGCAGCUGCUGGAGUCAGACAAGUAUGCAGAGCGUAAAGGGGCUGCAUAUGGGCUGGCAGGCCUUGUGAAGGGCCUGGGCAUCCUCUCUUUGAAACAGCAGGAAAUGAUGGCAGCACUGACUGAUGCCAUCCAGGAUAAGAAGAACUUCCGCCGGCGUGAGGGAGCCCUCUUUGCCUUCGAGAUGCUUUGCACCAUGCUGGGGAAGCUCUUCGAGCCUUAUGUGGUCCAUGUGCUGCCCCACCUGCUGUUGUGCUUUGGGGAUGGGAACCAGUACGUGCGUGAGGCUGCAGAUGAUUGUGCCAAAGCUGUGAUGAGCAACCUGAGUGCUCACGGGGUGAAGCUGGUGCUCCCCUCCUUAUUGGCUGCCCUGGAGGAGGAAUCCUGGAGGACCAAAGCUGGGUCAGUGGAACUGCUUGGAGCAAUGGCAUACUGUGCUCCCAAGCAGCUGUCGUCCUGCCUACCCAACAUUGUGCCCAAGCUCACAGAGGUGCUGACUGAUUCCCACGUCAAAGUGCAGAAGGCUGGACAGCAGGCACUCAGGCAGAUUGGCUCCGUCAUCAGGAACCCGGAGAUCCUUGCCAUUGCCCCAGUCCUGCUGGAUGCCCUGACGGACCCCUCAAGGAAGACCCAGAAGUGCCUACAGACCCUGUUGGACACCAAAUUUGUCCACUUCAUUGAUGCCCCGUCACUGGCCCUCAUCAUGCCCAUUGUCCAGAGAGCCUUCCAGGACCGUUCUACAGACACACGGAAGAUGGCAGCACAGAUUAUUGGCAACAUGUAUUCCCUGACAGACCAAAAGGACUUGGCUCCCUACCUGCCCAGUGUGACGCCUGGCCUGAAAGCCUCUCUUUUGGACCCUGUGCCUGAGGUACGAACAGUAUCUGCCAAGGCCCUGGGGGCCAUGGUGAAGGGCAUGGGGGAGUCAUGUUUUGAGGACUUGCUACCAUGGCUGAUGGAGACACUGACCUAUGAGCAGAGCUCCGUGGAUCGCUCAGGCGCUGCACAAGGGUUGGCUGAGGUCAUGGCUGGCUUGGGGGUGGAGAAGUUGGAGAAGCUGAUGCCAGAAAUUGUAGCAACAGCCAGCAAAGUGGACAUCGCGCCCCAUGUCCGAGAUGGCUACAUCAUGAUGUUCAACUACCUGCCUAUCACCUUUGGGGACAAGUUCACCCCUUAUGUGGGACCCAUCAUUCCCUGUAUCCUCAAAGCUCUGGCUGAUGAGAAUGAGUUUGUGCGUGACACUGCCCUGCGUGCAGGCCAGCGAGUCAUCUCCAUGUAUGCUGAGACGGCUAUUGCACUCCUGCUGCCCCAGCUGGAGCAAGGCCUCUUUGAUGACCUUUGGAGAAUUCGGUUCAGCUCUGUUCAGCUACUUGGGGACCUCCUGUUCCAUAUUUCAGGGGUCACAGGGAAGAUGACCACAGAAACUGCCUCUGAAGAUGAUAACUUUGGAACUGCCCAGUCCAACAAGGCGAUCAUCACUGCUCUGGGAGUUGACCGGCGGAACCGGGUGUUGGCAGGCCUCUACAUGGGCCGUUCAGACACCCAGCUGGUGGUGCGGCAGGCGUCCCUGCAUGUCUGGAAGAUUGUUGUCUCCAAUACCCCCCGCACCUUGCGUGAGAUCCUGCCUACUCUUUUUGGGCUUCUGCUGGGAUUCCUGGCAAGCACAUGUGCGGAUAAGAGAACGAUCGCAGCAAGGACAUUGGGAGAUCUUGUCCGGAAGCUGGGGGAGAAAAUCCUCCCUGAGAUUAUCCCCAUCCUUGAGGAAGGCCUGAGGUCUCAAAAAAGUGAUGAGAGGCAGGGUGUGUGCAUUGGGCUGAGCGAAAUUAUGAAGUCCACCAGCCGUGACGCUGUGCUGUAUUUCUCCGAGUCCCUUGUGCCCACAGCAAGGAAGGCUUUGUGUGACCCCUUGGAAGAGGUCCGAGAGGCAGCAGCCAAGACUUUUGAGCAGCUGCACUCCACCAUUGGCCACCAGGCUCUGGAGGACAUCCUCCCAUUUUUACUGAAGCAGCUGGAUGAUGAAGAAGUAUCAGAAUUUGCCUUGGAUGGUCUGAAGCAAGUUAUGGCCAUUAAGAGUCGUGUGGUGCUGCCUUACCUCGUGCCUAAGGUGCAGUAUUCAUCAGGUUGCUGUUGUUCAUCAUUCCACCAGCUGACUACGCCACCUGUCAAUACCCGGGUGCUGGCUUUCCUUUCGUCUGUGGCAGGUGACGCUCUGACCCGUCAUCUUGGUGUGAUCCUUCCGGCAGUCAUGUUGGCUCUGAAGGAGAAGCUAGGGACCCCAGACGAGCAGCUGGAGAUGGCUAAUUGUCAGGCCGUGAUCCUCUCAGUAGAGGAUGACACUGGGCACCGGAUCAUCAUUGAAGAUCUGUUGGAAGCCACCCGCAGCCCUGAGGUGGGCAUGAGGCAGGCUGCUGCCAUCAUCCUCAACAUCUACUGCUCCCGCUCCAAGGCUGACUACACCAGCCACCUGCGGAGCCUGCUCUCAGGCCUGAUCCGCCUCUUCAACGACUCCAGUCCUGUGGUGCUGGAGGAGAGCUGGGACGCCCUAAAUGCUAUCACCAAGAAGCUGGAUGCCGGCAACCAGUUGGCACUGAUUGAAGAACUGCACAAGGAGAUCCGGCUCAUAGGCAAUGAGAGCAAAGGCGAGCAUGUGCCAGGGUUCUGCCUCCCAAAGAAGGGGGUAACCUCCAUCCUUCCAGUGCUGAGGGAAGGAGUCCUUACUGGCAGUCCUGAGCAGAAGGAAGAAGCCGCCAAGGCCUUGGGCUUGGUGAUCCGCCUGACCUCCGCUGACGCCUUGAGGCCCUCUGUGGUCAGCAUCACUGGCCCCUUGAUUCGCAUCCUGGGGGACCGAUUCAGCUGGAAUGUGAAGGCAGCUCUGCUGGAGACACUCAGCCUCUUACUGGCCAAGGUUGGAAUUGCCCUGAAGCCCUUCCUGCCCCAGCUGCAGACCACCUUUACCAAGGCCCUACAGGAUUCCAACCGGGGCGUGCGCCUGAAGGCUGCUGAUGCACUGGGGAAGCUCAUUUCCAUCCAUAUCAAAGUGGAUCCCCUCUUUACAGAGCUGCUCAAUGGAAUCCGAGUCAUAGAGGACCCAGGUGUCAGGGACACCAUGCUACAGGCCCUGAGGUUUGUGAUUCAGGGAGCAGGUGCCAAAGUGGAUGCUGUUAUCCGGAAGAACAUCGUCUCGCUCCUGCUGAGCAUGCUGGGACACGAUGAGGACAAUACUCGGAUCUCCGCAGCUGGGUGCCUGGGGGAGCUGUGUGCCUUUUUGACGGAAGAGGAGCUUAACACUGUCCUUCAGCAGUGCUUACUGGCGGAUGUGUCCGGCAUUGACUGGAUGGUUCGGCAUGGCCGGAGCUUAGCACUCUCUGUGGCUGUGAACGUGGCUUCCAGCAGACUCUGUGCAGGCAGAUACAGCAGUGAAGUUCAGGAAAUGAUUCUCAGCAGUGCCGUGGCAGACAGGGUCCCCAUUGCAGUGAGUGGGGUCCGGGGCAUGGGCUUCCUGAUGAAGUACCACAUCGAGACAGGAGGGGGACAGCUGCCAGCCAGACUCUCUAGUCUGCUCAUUAAGUGUCUGCAGAACCCAUCCAGUGACAUCAGAUUGGUGGCUGAGAAGAUGAUCUGGUGGGCAAAUAAGGACCCACUGCCUCCCUUGGAGCCCCAGGCUAUCAAGCCUAUCCUGAAGGCUCUUCUUGACAACACCAAGGAUAAGAACACUGUCGUAAGGGCCUACAGUGACCAGGCAAUUGUCAACCUGCUCAAGAUGAGGCGGGGCGACGAGGUGUUUCAGUCCCUCUCCAAGAUCCUGGAUGUGGCCAGCUUGGAGGUGCUGAAUGAGUGCAACCGAAGGUCCCUGAAGAAGCUGGCCAGCCAGGCAGACUCCUCGGAGCAGGUGGAUGACACCAUUCUGACGUGAUAGGCCUGGGCCCUGCUGUAGCGUUUCAGCUCCACAUCUUUGUUCACUGUUUUCAUUUUUGAAAAUACGUUUGUUCCGAUGGGGAGCUUAUUAGAUGGCAUUCCCAGAAAGUAUUUUAAUAUAUCAACUGACCACAGCCAAAGCCUUAAAUCAAACCCACACACAACUGAAAAUUGCCUCCUCCAUCCCACCCUUUUCUUUGAAGAGGAAAAGGAAAAGCACAUGCAUAAGCCUCAGCAAAUGGCAGCCCAGGGCCGGCUAUCUAUCUCAGCUCGGCUAUCUAUCUCUAUCUGGGACCAGGAGGGUCAAACUUCAGGUUCCUCUUCUGUGCUUGAGCUCUGGUUCAAGACCUGGCGCUACCAACCUUUGCCUAGAUUCUGAGUGGGACAUAGAUCUGCAGAGCUCUGCCGAGUCUGGUAUGUCUUGGCUUGGCUUUUCAAUAUUGUGCGGCCUGGUGGAUCUGACCUCUGUUGGGUGAAAGUGAUAUGUAGCUCUGUCAGUUCCCAGGUCAGGGGAGGGUUUUUGAGCAGUCCGUUUGAAGGAGGAAUGUUUAAUAAAGGCUUUGAUUUAA